UUGCCGCCGUCUUCAUGUUCCUAAUGGUUUGGGGUGGAUUCAAACUUUGGACAUCGGGUGACUUCAAUUAUGAUGACUGUUUGGAGGUUACCUAGUACCGCCAAUGGCUAUUAGAACUAGUCGUGUAUGGGACACCAUAAUGACGAAGAACUGAAGAGGAAAGCUUACCAUCCUAGUUUCCAAAAGCAAAAUGAAAAUGUUUGUUAUCGUCUUCUGAAUAAGAGCGGAGCUCUACAGUACUAGCAGCAUACUAGACUGCCGUGGUGCUUACUCCUAUCUGACGCCCAGAAUUCAUAGAAUCACUGUGUUGUAUGCUUUUAGGUUUCUACGGUAGUGGUCAUGAUAAUCUGACUACAGUAGGUGCAGCAAACAUGAUAUAUAAUGCUCUUUUUUUUUAGUCAUGAACGCCCUUUACGAUUACGGUUGCAACAGGAGCAAGCAUGAUUGUCUUUGCACUUUUCAUUAGUCGUCGUUGCAGAAGCAAGUUCCUGCUUACGAGGAUGCUGCCGUAAUAGUGGAGGAAUCCUUUGCGAAUGUCAAGACUUUGCACGCCUGCAACGCUCAAGAGCAGGAGGUCUCGCGGUAUACCUCACACCUCGCAUGUGCACGAAGCGAGCAGCAAAAAUCGGGCAUAAAAAAG